AUGUUCCGGUCAACCUUCCGCCCUCUCACUUCCGCAGCUGCGGCCGCGGCGGCCACGGCCUCGCGCCGCGCCGCCGUCCUCGGCAGCGCCGCCCCGCGCGUCUCCCAGUUCCACAGCACCGCCCGCGUGCUCAUCAAGCCGGGCGACCCGCUCCCGGACACGGACGCCCUCAUGGAGGGCAGCCCGGGCCAGCGGGUGAACCUGGCCGAGGAGGCCAGGAAGUACAACAGCAUGCUGCUGAUCGGCGUCCCCGCCGCCUUCUCGCCCGCCUGCUCCGCGACGCACGUCCCCGGCUACGCGAGCCACCCGCGCACCAAGGAGAUGAAGGCCUGGGGUGAGACGCUGGACCCUGCCGGGCAGUUGGGCAUCCGUUUUUUUGCCGACCCGACCGGCAAGUUUACCAAGAUGCUCGACAUGGCGUUUGAUGGCUCGGCCAUUUUUGGUGGGGACCGGUCUAAGCGGUAUGCCAUCAUUGUCGAGCAGGGCAAGGUCAAGUCCGUUGCGGUCGAGCCUGACAACACUGGCACGAGUGUGUCGCUGGCGGAGAAGGUGCUUGGUCCGGUGUCUCCCUAA